GUAAAGAGUAUAUAUGAACGGAGAAGACGGGGUGAGGUGACAGGGAGGCGUGAGGCAUUGGAAGGGUUGGCGGCCAUGCGGGUACAGUUUCACCUCCUGGACGCGCCUGAACCCCUCUCCUGGACCCUUAUUUAUCCUCUUCACGGGUUCACACAGUCAUGAGAGUGGAGUGCCUUGAGGGGGCCAGGUGAGCAUGUUCUCCCAGCGCAUAGUGACAGUUGACCACUACCAAGCAGCCCCUAUCCCUGGCCUCGACCCACAAUACUCCACCUUCCGCGGGGCGCCCAUCAAGAGGGUCCCCGUCCUCCGCAUCUUUGGGGCCACUGCGGCAGGACAGAAGGCGUGCACUCACAUCCAUGGAGUCUUCCCCUACAUUUUGGUGCCUUACGAUGGCUCGGCCCCCCUGGCCACCCUGCCCUACACACUGGCCGCAGCCCUUGACCGAGCCCUCAACACUGCCCUCGGCCACACCUCGGCCACCACACAGCACGUAUACAAGGUCACCCCAGUCUCGGGCAUCCCCUUCUAUGGGUACCACUCCAAGGAGCACCAGUUCCUCAAGAUAUUCUUCUACAGCCCCAACAUUGUGAAGAAGGCUGCUGAGCUGCUGCAGAACGGAGUGGUCCAGGGGCGCGUGUUCCAACCCCAUGAGGCCCAUGUCCCCUUUGUCCUGCAGUUCCUGAUGGACCACAAUCUGCACGGCAUGAACAUGAUCCACCUCUCAUCAUGCAGGUUCAGACAAUCCACAGGCAUGGAAGGUAGAGAGGGCAGUCCCACACAAGACCCUGCCCCACUGCCCUCCUCCCCACCAAGCCAUGAAGCAGGACUGGGAGGCAGUGGGGCAGGAACAAGGGGGAUGUCCCAGAAGCCCAGCACCAGAGUGUGGACCAAGGAGACAGUGCCUGCUGACCUGUGGCUUCCUUACACAGUGCCAAGAGUGUCUACUUGUGAGGUGGAAGCGGACGGGGUCUUCUCGGACAUCCUCAACCGCUUACAGAUUGGAGGGGGCAUGGCGACCAACCCUGGGCUCUCCUACAUAUGGGAGGAUGAGGCGGAGAGACAAAGGACAGAAGGGGGUUCCUUGGAGGACCUGCAGCCACCUCCGUCCCCACCUCGCCCUGACAUCGCCCCAUCUGACUCGGAGGUUUUCUACCGUGCGCUACUGAAGGAGAAGCUGCAGGCGGCGGUGGCAGCCUUGGCUCAGACUCCUGAGUCCAGUAGUGAAGCAGAGGCAGCCGACCUCAACCUACCAGCCCUCACCCCAGAGGACUCUGCUCUUGGUCCCGCCACUGCCCCUGACACAGCAAAGCAGGCAGAGAUGACCACAGUGGGGGAGGAGUCCAUGGCAUCAGCAGCAGCUUUGGCUGCAGCAGCAGUGGAGGAGUCACAGGUGGAUGAGGAGUUGAUUCUCAGCCUCACACAGCAGUCUCAAUCACAGUGGCUUGACGAGAGUGACGUGGACUUGGUGCAUGCCUUGGCCGGGCUGGAUGACGGGUCGCAGGUGGAAGUUGAAGACCACGAUGCUGUAUUGUCCACCCAAAGGUCCAGUCAAGGCUCAUAUAGGGGGAGUCAAGGCCAGCAUCAGAGACAGGGGGCAGCAGAAGAGGAGAAGAAAGAGGAGGAGGAGGAGGAAGAGGAAGAGGAGACACGCCUCAUGAGUCAGCGCAUCUGGGACUCUAUCUUGCCACCCAGGGAAGAAGAGGAAGCAAGAGGAAGCCAGGCUGCCCCUCCAAGAUCUAGGCCAAGGGAUGUUGAAGCUGCCUCACUACCUCCUCCACCGUCCCCUCUCCCCCAGCUGGAUGGGGCAGCCGACUUACUCCUGCACUCCUCCUCCCCUCCACCAUCCACCUCCAAGGACAACCUUGUGCCUUCCACCAGUGCCCGUACCCCUCUAACCCCCCUGAACCAAGCUCAACACUCAGGUUUGCGGCCCCGUUGCCCUGGGCCAGACGGGAAGGAGACGGUGAGGAGCCCUGCAGGGACCAGUGACAGUGACAGUGAUGGGGAGGUGUUCAUUAUCCCCCAGUUUGAUGGCGCUAAUGACUUUGUGACCCACCGAGGGCGGCGGCAACACCAGCAUCCCCCAGCUGCCUCCCAGCACCACCAUCGCCCUGUGGCAGCCUCCACGCGCGAUCUUGUCCGCGAAAAUGCCCUGAAGAGGAGUCAGGGUGGGGCUAACCGUGGUGCCCAAGCACCAAGGCCCCACCAGCCCCCCAGUGUGCCUUCCUCCCAUCAUCACCACCCAGUGCCUUCACCUCUUGGCUCCAGCCACCACGCUCCCCUGCUCAACUCAGAUGGCACCUUAGUCCUGCCAGAUUUCAUGGACAUCUCCUCCCGCCUGGCUACAGGGGAGGUGCAGUCCCCCAGUAUUGUGCCCCAGUCUGUUCGGGGCAAGUCUUCCAGGCGGGAGUUUCCCCCGCACCAGGACAUGCAGCAUCCCCCACCGCCCCUCAACAUCACCCCACUGUCCGGCAUGGGCAUGUCCCAGCGUGUGCCGGGCAUUGGGGACGCCCUGGUGGUGCCGGCGCUGGUCACCACUGGCCGCGUUAAUCUCACCUCCCCCCAAAUGCUGAUGUCCCAGGGGUAUGUUCUACAGCAGCCUCACCCAGCCCCAGACCAAACCCCAGGCUCUGGCCCCAGCCCUUCCCAACCUGGUAGUCACAGCCACAAGCAGAGCCGCAGGGUCGCACCAGGGGAGAGUCAUCGGGGCCCCCCCCACAGGACCCUUGCCCGCCAGGACUCUGAACAGUCAGUAUACUCACCCAUUUCUGAGGAGUCUGACGGGGAAGGAGGGGGUAAGGGCAGGCGGGGGCGUGGGACGGGGGAGGGGAGGGCAGCAGAUCCCCCUGUUCCUGCUGCCCCAGAAAACGGGGACAUCCUGAAGCAGGCCUUUGACAUGACCCUAUUCGACCUAGGGGAUGAACCCAUGGAUGUGGAGACACCAGAGUUUGCACUGAUGCCCUCAGAGUACUCUACAGAUGGCUGCCCUGCCCCACCCAGCCAGGAGGUGCUCACCUCUGGCUCCUAUAUGUACCAGGCAGAGGACGGCAGCACCAUGGAGCUGACGCCCAUCACCACCACACAGACGCAGGGUGAAGCCAACCAGCCCGAGGCCCCCCAUGCCCCUCCCACCCCUUCCCCACCACCCCAGCCUAGGAAGGAGCCGUCAGUCUCCACCACCAAGACCAGGAAGAAGAAGCAGAAAUCUGGCAGAGAGAAGAACAGUACAGGGGAAGGUCGUUCCACACACACACCUGCCAACAAGGAGUCAUCUGGCCAGCCAUUACACUUGUCCUCAUCUGCACCUCCUGUCCAGUCAGGGGCAGGUCACCAAAUGUCUCCUGCUCCCCUCAGUCUGGCAAGAUCCCCAGGUGCCCCCAGCCACCCUCUGUCACCUGCCCCAAGGUCACCCAAACCCCCCAGCAGGAUAUCCCCAGCCAUCAGUAGUGAUGCCCCUUACCUGGAGGAGCUAGACUAUGGUGCUGCACCCCACACCCCCGGGAGCUUCCUGCCCCUCGCCCCACCCUCCCCCAGUCCCCCACCUACACACUGGUAUGAAGAGUUUGGCCGCCCUCCCACCCCAGGCAGUCCCCCUAAGAAGGCCCCAACCCCUACCAAGAGGAAAGAGGCCAAGGGCAGGGUGUCGGAGCAGGAGGCAGCAAAGCCCCAGCCAGCCCCUGUGCCCAGCCCCAAGCCACCUGAUGCCAAGACCAAGAAGAAGUCCAAGAAAAAGAUGGCCAGACUGUUUGGCUCCUUUUCUCCCCCCUCGCCCCCUCCACAGAGAAAGCCGUCAGAGCUCCAUUUUGACUCGGACAGUGAGACCACCACCCCAGACCGGCCCCAGACCCCAGGCCGAGAGGUAGGGGACCAGGUCUUUCCUACCUCGCCCCCUGAGCUGUUCCAAGGCAAUCAGAGGAAGCUGGGGGAUGACUACGUGUUUGACUCUGACCAGGACAGCCCUCCUGAAAGGCCUCCUACCCCUGGGGGUGGGCGGGAGGUGCAGGACAUCUUGGCUGGGGAGUCUGGCAGGGAUGUCUCAAGACAAUCCUACCAGUAUGAAUCAGUGUUCGACACAGACUUUUUCACACCUUUGGAACGCCCCAGGACACCUGGGGGCUCCAGCUCCAACACCCCUCUUGCCUCGGAGAAAGACUCCCCCUGUCCCCGGCUUCCUCUGUCAGAUUUCUCCAGCAGUGCUCCACUGAUGAUGCGGCCUACUUACAUGACCGAGGGCCUGGAUACCCCAGUGGCCUCCCAGUCUACCUCAUCCAUGGUUCCAGAGGCAGCCAGAAAGACCUCUGAGGUCCCACCACAGGAACGGGGCCGGGCAAGGGUACCCAAAGUUGCCACCCAGCAGAGAGAGGGAAGGAAGUCUUCCAGCAGUAGCAGCAGCAGCAGUAGCAGCAGUAGAAGUAGCAGCAGCAGUAGUAGCAGCAGUAGCAGUAGUAGCAGCAGCAGCAGCAGCAGUAGCAGCAGUAGUAGCAGUAGCAGCAGAAGUAGCAAUGUUGGCAGCAGGAAAGAAAAGCAAAAACAGGCACAAGGAACAGAAGGCCAGACUUCUGCUGGUAACCUCAGCUCCAGGCAACCCCAGGCAAGUAACAAGUCCAAGGCUGCUCUUCAGCAGGCAUCCUCAGAGAAGAUGAAAACAGUACAGGAGGUUCCCCCUAGGAGGGCCAAGGCAGGGGAGAGAAAGGAACAGGGUGACAAAAGACCUGAGAAAACACCUUCCUUUGCACCAGCUACCAAUCCCCAAGCCAAGCCCCAGUCCAAACGGCACCAACCUCAUGAGGAGGCAGACAGCAGUAACUUGGCUAGGGGUGGAGCUAUGCCUGGCUCCAGGACACUACACAACAACAAGCCUGCCACUCAGGGCUGGGGUGCUCCUCCAAAGGAGCCUCCUGGGAGGAAGCCUCACCAGGCAACCCUCACAGCUCCACUUAAACAGGGUGUUGGCAGCUUUCCAUCACCACAGGGUCCCCAGACUGAUGGACCACAGAGACACAGAGGUCGACUGCCUCCACAGUUCCAACAGAUGGAGGGGCGAGAGGAGGGUGCCCGCUCAACUUCCCAGCCCAGGGGACACAGGGAACCUAUGAAUAAGGGUGGACAACAGGCAGAGUUACGCUCUCAGUCCCUUCCAAGGACACAGACAGGUGGCAGGGGUGCCCAGCAUGUGGGCAAAGCCACAAUAGAGCCCCAGCCCCAGCCCCAGCCUCCAGUCAGAGGCAAGCCUGUAUCCUCCCCUAAGAAUCAGCACCCCUCCCCACCCAGCUGCCCCUCACCCCGCCAACAACCCAGGGGUCUUCCUCAGUCCAAGCCUGGCAGCAGUGCCUCACCCCAGCCACAGUCAGCCACCAGCUGUCCGCCUCGCCCCCAGCAGCCCCGCUUCACACAGGGCAACUGGUCUGUGGUGUCUCAUGGCAGCACGGCCCCCCAACAAGGCCAGACUGACCAUGGGGCUGCUAGACAGCCAGCACCCCCACACUCAGGCCAGGGGGGCCGGGCUCUCCUGCCUCAGCCUGGGUCAGAGCGCAGAGGCCCACCUCACUCGGCACAAGGGAGCAGAGCCACUCGGCCAGCCAGCCAGCCUCACCCUCCACCCUCACAUGCCCUGCCAGGGAGGGUGCCUGCUGGUAGCACUUCACACCACCCUGAGGCCAGACCCCCUAGGCCAGGUAGUGCCUUCUCAGGGAACCUCAGGGCUCAGGCUACUGUGCCAAAGAAUGGCUCGGCUCCACUCCAGCCAGGGGCAACACAGGAUAACGCCAAGGCCCCAGAUGAGCAGCAGCAGCAGCAGCAGCACAGGCCUUCAGGCACACCAGGACCCAGCCAGAGGUUUAAAAGUUUGAAGUCUAUUCCUUCUCUGUCCAGCAGCUUCUGUAAAGGUAAGAGUGAGGGCUCCCAAGGGUCUGCCCCAGAGACCAAGAGUACCCAGGCAGCCCACACAUUUGAGGAGGACCUUGAGCUGCCCCUGAUCAGGGGGUCUUUACCCCUUAUGAGCCCCAUGCCCUGCACCCCUGCCCCCCACCGUGAGGACCCUACACCCUCCACCUCUGAACCCCUCAUAGGCUCCCUACCAAAGAUGGACCAGGUUCACCCCCCUGUGAGUCCCAUGGCCCCCACGCCCCAUCACCGCCCCCACAGCCCCAUGGAACCCCCAACUUCUUCCUUUUCUAGCAGGGGAUCCUUUGUGCUUCCAGCAGCCCCCAGACCCAUAAUGAGUCCCAUCCCCCCCACACCCUCACGGCCCUCCUCCCCCCCACCCUAUAGCCCCAUGCCAGUGCUGCCCUCCAGCAUGGGGCCAAUCGUCAGUCCACUGCCCAACACCCCCAGACACUCAAUGACUGAGACCUUCAGUCUCCUGAGCCCCAUGCCGGCCACCCCUCGGGCCGAGGACCAUCACCCACUGGGGAACCUGCACGAGGCCGCAGACCAGUUCUUGAUGCGGCCCAUCAUGAGCCCCAUGCCCCAGACCCCAGCCCAUCCCUCCCAGGCCCCCACACACACCCAGGCCUCUGCCCCCACAGGGAGCAGCACACAACUGUCAGCCAAGGACAUGGCCAAGAGCCCCGUGCCCCCCAUGGCUGAGUCCUCAGACUACCCACACCACCCCAUGAUGAGCCCCAUGCCUGUGCACCCCUCUGUGGAGCCCAUGAUAAGCCCCAUGCCCCACACCCCCAGCUACCAUGGGAGUAGUGAAAGGUGUGCCCCCAGCCCCCUGCCGUCCCUGCCAUCCGGCCCUGGUCCACUCAUCAGCCCCCUACCCCAGACCCCCUCUUACUUUUCUGGUGCCCAUGACCACCAGUCUCCCUUGUACAUGCCCUUCACUCCUAACCUCCACACCCCCCAGACCCCAACUCACACUCCAGAGGCACAGCUUCCACCCCAGCCUGAGAGACAGUCCUCCUCUUAUGGUCCAGUGUCCUCAGCUCCCACCUCAGCACCUACCUCAUUCUCAUCCCAGACCAGUGCCUCCCUCACACCUGUACCCACUCCUCUCACACCCAUUCAGACCCCUAUACAAAACCCUUUCGCUCCAUUACAGCCUCCACUCACCCCACUUCAGACACCUCUCACCCCCAUCCAGCCCCCUCUAACCCCUUUGCAGCCCCCCUUCACCCCAUUACCACCUCCUCUCACCCCACUGCAGCCUCCACUUACCCCCAUUCAGCCCUCCACCACCCCAAGACCAGAGGGUCCAUCAUCAGGGUGCCAGGCAUCAGAUGAGAGUAACUGUGGUGGCAUGCAGUACAGCCCUAUGCCUGUAUUACCCUCUGCUCCUAGCCCAGCUCUGAGCCCCAUGCCCCAAACCCCUGUACAUAUGCCAGAUAGGACCCUGCCAACCUCUCCACUCACAGCCUCCACUCAAGGUCCCUCUUCCAUCUUUGGCCUCCUAUCCCCUCCUCCUGCACCCCAGAAACCUCAGUCAAGCCCACAGUCUGCUUCUGCUACUAAUGCACCACAAUCAAGUCCAAGGAUGUCAACUCCUGCCACCCAUUCCCAGCCCAGCCCACUGGCUCCAUCCUUCCUUGCUGCUGCAACCCCUCCACAACAAAGUCCACUACCACAGCCUCCCCUGGGGGCUACUGCCACCCCACCCCACCCCAGCCCCAUGUCACAGGGAUUGUUGUCAUCUGCUGCAACCCCACCCCACCCCAGCCCCAUGUCACAGGGAUUGUUGUCAUCUGCUGCAACCCCACCUCACCCCAGCCCCAUGUCACAGGGAUUGUUGUCAUCUGCUGCAACCCCACCUCACCCCAGCCCCAUGUCACAGGGAUUGUUGUCAUCUGCUGCAACCCCACCUCACCCCAGCCCCAUGGCUCAGGGAUUGUUGUCAUCUGCUGCAACCCCACCUCACCCCAGCCCCAUGUCACAAGGAUUGUUGUCAUCUGCUGCAACCCCACCUCACCCCAGCCCCAUUCCUCAAGCUGUAAGGUCAGCAUCGGCCACUCCCUCACACUGUAGCCCAAUAUCACAACCUCAAAUGUCAUCUACCACAACCCCACCACAACCCAGUCCUCUGUCUCAAGCCUUCAUGUCAGCAUCUGCUACCCCACCACAGCCUAGUCCUCUUCCACAGCCCCUAGUGUCAGUUGCAGCCACCCCACCACAAUCAAGUCCACUCUCUCAGGCCACCGCACAUCUACUCAGUCCUCACCCACAAGUCCAAGCAUCACUUCCUGCCACAACACCCCAGCCUAGCCCCUUGCCACAGUCCUUUAUGCCUACUACUGUCAUGCAGCCCCACCCCUCCCCUCUGUCACAAACUUUAAUGCUGGCUUCCACCCCUCAGCCUCAGCCCACCUCUCUUAUGCAGCCCCUCAUUUCAACAGCAACUACUCCACCUCAUCCCAGUCCCUUGGGACAGGCCCUCAUGUCAGAGGACACAGCAUCUCAACCUCAACCAAGUCCACUGUCUAACAUGUCAGCCACAGCCGCCCAACCUCAGCCCAGUCUUCUGACACAAGCCCUCAUGUCAGCUGCUGUUAUCCCAUCCCAGUCCAUUCCCAGCCCACAAGCCCUAGUAUCAUCUUCAAACUCAGUCCCACAACCAAGCUCCCUUGCACAGGCUUUUGUAUCCAUAGGGCCCUCUCAAAGCCCACUACCACAAGGUUUGUUGUCUGCCAUCUCAACAACAUCCCAGCCCAGCCCCCUGUCCCAAGCUGUGACUUCCCACCCCAGCCCAGUGGCAUCUCAAGACUCUGCUGUCACACACAUCAGACCAAUCAUCACAUACCCAAAUGAUAAUAACCUGCCUGACCCUUGCCUCACACAGCCUGCCUUGUCUGCCACCCCAGCCCCAGCCCUGCCCUCGCCUGCCACCAUCUCCACCACUUACACAGUGCCGCCAGUAACUCUCACCACUCUUAGCACCACCAUCACCACCUCAGCACCCAUCUGCACCACCAUUACAUCCACUUUUUCUCCUCAGCCAACCACCCUCAUCACAUUCAGCAUCCCAACAACCAUCUCCACCACCCAGACAGCCCUAGUCACCCCACUUACCAGUGUGGGUGUCUCCCAGGGUGGCGUCACCACCACUCUUGAAGCUCCACUAACGGUGUCCACAAGUGUCCCGGCACCCAGGCUGACCACCCUUGACCUUCCUAAAGCACAGCCCCACAUGGCCUGGCCUCAGUCCACCUCCACAGUGACUCCCAGCCCACUUACCAGCACAAACUUCACCCCAUCAGUCAACAGCAGUCCUGUGUCUAAUACUCCACCCAUGGCUUCCACCAAUGCUGCCAGCAUUCUAAAGGCCACCCUACUCUCGGGGGGCACAACAGGAACCUCACAGCUCCAAGCUACAGAACUGUCCAUGCAGCCCAUCACUUCAACACCUUUUUUCAUUGCCCAGCCUGGAGGAAACCCUUCCAUGAGUCAGCAGCCUGGGUGUCUCCCAAAGGUUAUCCUGAUGCCCAAACUGCGAGGAUCUGUUCACAUCAGCCUCCCUUCAGGGGUUCCUACUUCCACCAUGAGGCUGCCAACUCCUAUCUUGAGAACUCCUGGCCCCUCCCCUCCUGCCACUGUCCUCACAUCCAAUCCCAUGGUUCCCCUUCCUCAGUCUGUGGAGGGAUCAGGCAACCAAAACUUGCAGUUUGCCAUGCCCACCAGUUCUGCUCCCAACAUAACUUCCUCUGCCAACACAGAGGCAGCAGGCAUGGGUGUCACACCUUUCCCAGCCCCUGCACUGGGCACCAGCGAGAGUGUGGGCAAAGUGGACAAGCCCACCAGCAAGAUGCUGGCUGACAUCAUGGAUGAACUCAGCAAUCAAGAUUUUUGCCUCCCCAUGGAGCAACAGGGGUCCAAGGAGGGCAAGGAAGCAGGGGAUCCUGGCAGCAGUGGAGCUCCAGGGAGGAUCCUGCAGCAGGGUGGUCUGGAAGAAAACUCAUCCAGUAGCACUCAGGCCUCACAGCUGCCACCAGUGUUGAUGAUGUUUUUACAGGAAAUGCAAGAAAAUGAUGAAAAUGAGCAUAUUACGGAGGAGGGUGUCAACAGAGAAACUCCAGUUGAGUCUUCCAGGACUCCUGAAGCUGCCAGGAAUGUGCCAGCCACUACUUGUACAAUGUCAGCCUUGCAGAGCCUGCUGACUCCAAGACCAAACUCAAGGCAGCCUUCCCUCAGCCCAGCACCCACCAGCCAGCCACAGCCACCAGGCAAGGAACCCCCCCUCUCAAGAGUGCCAGCCAUCUCACCCAAUGCUUCUGGCACCACCUCACCCCUCCAACCACCAGCCACCACAGCCACCAACAGUACCAUGCCCGCACCUGCUGGGGGAUUCCUCUCCCCCUUGUCCGUAAGGAACAUUAUGCCUCGAGGCCCCACUAUGGUAGGGAUAGGUGGGGCCCCCAGGCCCUGGGGUCAGACCAUCAACAUGCAGGGGAGCCUUGUGGUCACCUCCCUGGGGAGCCUGCAGGCACCCCUCAUCACCCCACAGCCAGGUGUGAGGCAGCAAGGCUUGCUGAGGCCCCCCUCCACAGCAACUCCGCCCUCCUCUGCUCCCACCACCCUCUUCCCCCAGUCAUCCCCCAUCAUGUCUGCCCCCACCACCAUCACCUUCACACCACUCACAGCUGUCACCUCUACUCCCCCUUACAUGUCACACAUUACCACACAGGUGUCUCAGGCUCCUGCUGGCACCUCCACCACCACCUUUGCUCCUCACUCCUCCCCCUCUGUCACCCCCACAACCCCUGUCUCCACCUUCGUGCCUCACCCCUCCCCCUCCAUCACCCCUGCCUCUGUGUACGCGCCUCAUGGCUCCCCCUCCAUCACUCGCACAUCAACAUAUGUACCUCACACCUCCCCUUCCAUGACCCCUGCCACCUCAGCCUCUACAUAUGUGUCACACCCCUCCCCAUCCAUCACCCCUGCCACCCUUUCCUCCACAUAUGUAGUCCAUACCUCUCCUUCCAUCACCCCUGCCUCCUCUGCCUCUAGAUAUGUGUCCCAUACCUCCCCUUCUAUCACCCCUGCCACUCUUGCUUCAACACAUGUGUCCCAUACCUCCCCAUCCAUCACCACUGCCACCCUUUCCUCAGCACAUGUGGCUCAUACCUCCCCAUCCAUCACCCCUGCCACCCUUUCCUCAACACAUGUGUCUCAUACCUCCCCUUCCAUUACUGCUGCCUCAACAUAUGUGCCACACACCUCCCCUUCCAUCACCCCUGCAAGUCCAGCUACCCCUGCAACAGCAUACGUGCCCAAUACCUCGCCCUCUGUCACCCCAGGCACCCCUUCCACUACAUAUUUGGCUCAUUCUUCCCCUUUAGUUACCCAAUCUACCCCUGUCUCAUAUUACUUGCCUCAGAGUAUUAGCACACUCACCUCUGUUACCCCUGGCACUUACAACCCUCAGACCAUCACCACAGUUAGUCAGUCUUCUCCUUUCAUGUCCAGUUCCACCCCAGCCACCCCUGCCUCCACAGUCACAUCAGCCACCCCUGUCCCGUCCCAUUGGCCUCAGGGUCCCUUAACAAUAACCCCUGCUGCACGUGGUUCUUACUUGGCUCAAGUUUGCCCCCCUGUCACUGCUGCCAAUGUUACUAACUCCCUCCCCUAUAAUCCUCAAACUAGCAGUACCAUCACCUCUGUACCAUCUCUACUACUAUCUCAGACUACCUCCCCUGCCACCACUGCUGCCAUGUUCUUGCCUUACUCCUCUCCCUCAGUGAGUCUUGCCUCUGCAGCCACAGCCCAGGCCUCGGCCCUCCCACCUAAACUCUCCUUCGUGCCACAGACCACCUCCACUGUCGCUCCGUCCGUCUCCAUCACCACGCAUGCCUCCCACACUUCCACUGCCACCUCAGUCACUUCACAUAUGUCUCAGACUGGCCCCCAGCUCACCUUUACACCAGUUCCUCAGUCUGUCUCCCCAGGGUGGUCAAGGGGCAUGAGGAUGACCACAGCAGCAGGAGCAGGGGGCAGGUUCAUGCCCCUUCCUGGGUGUGUUAGGGGGACAUCCCCCACCACCACUACCACCUCUAUUUCCCCAACACGCACCACAUCUGUUUUUUCCACCACUAGCAUCCUUCCUCCCCCACAGGCGUCCUUCGCCCCUGUCCCUGUCCCUGUCUCCUCCCAGGCUGGCGGCACCCUUCAUCAGGGGUCCUUCUCAAGGACCCCUGGGAUGAUAAUGUACAGAAGGCCCCAGUUUUCAAUAGGCAAGUCAGGAGGGUUAAUAGAGCCAGCCACAGGGUGUGUAGAACGGCCCCCAUCAUCAUUCAGCUUCUCCCAAGUUUCCCCUGGAGCACCAGGAAGAGCAGCAGCGGAAGGAACUCCCAGGAUGAUGGGCUUCCUCACCCCUGGUGGCCCCCAUCAGCUGCCUGUGAGGCUUCCUGCUCCUUCACCCAGCCAGCCCUCCAGUGACAAGCAGAACGCAGACCUUCCCCCAGACAUUACUACCUCCCCCUCCACAUCCUCCAUCAGCUCCACCAUUACCUCCACUGACACCACUACACUUUCUACUUCUAUAACUGCCAUUACCACCCUUAGCCCUCCCACUACUACUGCCACCCUCACCCCUCCCACCACAGCUACCAUGGUCAUCCCCUCCACCAGCUCUGUCAUGUCCUCUUGCAACAGUAGUGCCCAGCAGGGUGCAGCUGCUUCUUCAAACUCCCCUGCCAGUCUGCCAAGCUCCUUCAAGCCUCAGGAUCCAGACAAGACCUCUCACCCCCGCCACAAGUUAUUCAAGUACAAGAAGCACAUGCCCCCACCACCCACCAACCACCCUGCCACUGUCCCCGAUGACCACCCCGAGGGCUGCCAGCCAGGCCGGGUGGAGACUGCCGGCGCCAAGCCUCAGCCCAAUAGGUUUGAGGCGUACAGCUCCACCAGCAGUGGUGGCAGGCUGAGCCCUCGCCCGGGGACCAUGGAGCACCUUGUUUCUCCACUGGCCAGGGAAGGGACUGCCCCGACUGUGGUGGUGAGGCGGCCACGACAAGUUACACCCGGCCCCGCCCCUCCCCCUGGCCCCGGGCCCAGCCCUGUCUUGGACUAUGACACUCGCUCUGUGGAUUCACUGGGCUCCAUUGGGGUGGAGCUGCAGCAGCCAUUCUCCAGCCGGCCUUCCUCAGAUGGGGACUCUGAGAUACGGCCGCUGGCCACCCCUGUGGGCCACAUCCGAAGGAUCAGGGAGUCACCAGGUGGCUCCAGGGGCCGUGCCAGCUGGUCCACAGAGAACACCCCAGUGUCCACCAAGGCGCCCGCCCCCUCACCCUACCUUGACCUUCCGACACAACAGACGUCCCCGCUGUCACUGGUCAUCCAAAAGUCAGCCGCCCCCGGCGUGCACCGUGAUGCCCCACAAGACCCUGACCCCUCUUUGUUGACACCCUCCCGGCACCUGCUGUUUCCCCACCCUGCCCAGCCACAUGAGGCCCCAGCAUGGGAUGAGCGGGUGCGGCCCCUCAGGAAGCGUUCCUUCACUAUAGCCGCCGAUGAGCCGCCUGAGCCAGAGUCACAUCACCAUGAACCACCCGCUCCUGCCCCUGCCCCUGCCCCUGUCCCUGUCCCUGCCCCUGCCCCUGCCCCUGCCCCUGCCCCAGCCCCAGCCCCAGCCCCAGCCCCAGCCCCUACCCCUGCCCCUGGCCCUUGUCUGCAGGCGGCCUCCAGCCCCGCCACCACGCAGCCCUCCCCCAGCCCUCCCCCACCAGAGAGAGAUAAUCAAGCUACUGGGCCCUCCAACCUGCCUGGGCCAGCACCCCCCUUGCCCCCCCACAUGAUUGGCUACCCCCUGUACUCAGGCCUCAACCGCCAGCAGGAGACCACAGCCCGGCCCUUCUUGAGGGAGACUUUUAUUGCCGUGUCCAAGUCUGGGCCACCCUCACUGCUGCCUCCCUCCAGUGUGGCCCACACUCCUCCCAGAACCUAUGGCCCACAGCUCCCAGCCCCGCCUGCCAAAGACAACAUGCCGCGCCCCCCCAUGAACAAGGAUGAUGCUGGUGGCCAGUACUGGAGGUUCCCUGGGCCCGACUUGAGGACCAUGCCCCAGCAGGCUCUGUUGGCUCACCUUGGCCGACCCAAAAUGAGACACUGGCCUGAUGUGCCUGAGCAGCUGGUGGCCCACCUGCCAUCACAGAACCUGAACCACCUAUUCCCACCCCCCCACCUGAGCUGCACCUCACACUACCUGGUUCGAGACCGACUGCCUCACCCGUCCCUGCUCACAUACCACAACCCCAGCUUCUUCCCGCGGGCACACCACCCGCCCGGCCCCAUGGGGGGUGAGAGCAGGGCUGGCAAGGAGCUGGAGCAAGAGCAACGGACAAGUCAGCUCUCCCCCGAUGACAGCCCCAUCAAUGUAGUGGAUGAUGCCCCAGACCCUGUCUUCCCCCAGCAGGAGAUCAACAUCCCUCCGUUGACAGAAACCAUUUCCAUGGCGCCAGGGACAGGGGCCAGGAUGGGGUCAGGACCAGGGGAUGGCUCUGGUCUGGAAGGUUUAGGCAAGUCCCUGCACCACCAUGUGUCCUCUCAGAAGUCAAGGGUCCCACUGCCCCCAAAGACUGGUCUAGCUCCUUCAUGUGGUGCCCCGCCCCGCCAGGCCUCUGGGUUCCCUGCCUCUCCAGCUGGUCCCACACACCUGCCCGGAACGAUGUCCUCCUUCCUGGCCGGAGAGGCUGGGGCACAGGAGGACGAAAUUGACUUUCAGACUGGGGACAGCACAGGCCCGUUACCAGGUGAUGGGGCACGUCCUGAGCAGGUAGGCAAGCUGGGAAAGUUCCUGAUGAGGUACAAUCGUGAGUCUGUGGACCACUCCCGGGCAGACAUUGUAGGUGGGGAGGAGUCUCAGGCUGCCUUCCCUCGUGAUGAGGUGGAAGGAGUGACAAGGCUACAUGACAGCUGCCUGGAGGAUAGCCUGUCAGAGAGCCAGCUGUCUGUCCUGCAGAAGAUCAACCAGGAGACGGGGAACCAGUUUAGUAGGGGCUUCAAGAAGACCUUCACCACCAAAUUUGGAGACAAAGACAGCAUUGAAGGAGAAGAGGCUGCCUUCAGAGAGGGAGAGGCAUCAUCCUGCACAGAGACUGAGGACACCUUCAGGGGAGUCCAGGUUCCUUUUGGGGGAUCAGAGUCAGUCCCCACCAGCAACAUGGAGUCAGAUGGGGCUCCCUGCCGGGAGCUGGAGAGGAAUGACACAGCCCUUUGCUCACAUCCUGCAGGGACCCCCAGCAGCAAGGGAGACAGGCCCACCUGUGCACAGAAUACAGUGGUGUCGUUCAUGGCAGCCCAGGCGGCCACACUCAGGGAAAGUGAAGUGACAUCUUGUAGGGAGUCUGAAGUGGCUUUGCCCAGAGCACCUGAGCUGCCCCUGAGUUGUGGAGCCAAGAAUUCCUUGAGUGGGGAACCUGAGGAGUCUUCACAGACUCAAGUGGCAUUAUGUGCAGAGAAUGAAGUAGCCUUGUCCACACAGACUGAAGUGAUUUUACCAACACAGACACAAGUGGCCACACAGCUAGAGACUGAUGUGGCCUCGCAGAUUGAGGCAGCUGGGGUGGCCUCACAGAUAGAUAAUGAUGGAACAUCCCAGUUAGAACCUGAAGUGGCAUCACAAAUAGAAACAGAAGUGGCCUCACUGAUGGCCGGAGUGAGCACAGACAGCAGUGGGGAGGAUGCCUCCUGGAACAAGGUUGGCAGCCAGGACCCCGAGGACGAGGAGUCGAAGGCUGCCCUCAUGGAGAAGGGUGGCCCCUCUGACCACCUUGGAGAGACACUCUCCAUCCUGAAGGGAAUGGACAGCCAGGCUCUGCUGGAGGUGUUUGAUGAGGGGGAGGAGGGGGCACGGGAAAGAAAGGGUCUGGAAGGACAGUUGCUGGAGCACCUUGAGUCAGGGUCAGUUUCCAGCCCUGCCCUGGCCCUCCUAGCCUCCCGGGGACCCUUGACCCAGGAGGACAGUGACUUGGACUCUGUGGUCACCACACGAGCCUCACAGAUCAUUGUGCGUCGCAGCAGUUCUUCCAGCCAGGCAAGUGAUGGAUCUGACUACUCUCCCCCGCCUUUCUCCCCCCCACGGUCCCCCGGUCUGGAUUCCUCCGAUGCUGACGACACCUCAGCAGCCUUGCUCCACGCUGGCAGGAGGUCAGCAAGGGGGGUUUCUGUCAGCCCUGCGCUGAAUGCCUCCAAGACACCCACCCUCCCCUGCCAGCUUGCUGUGCCACAUCAAGACAGCAGCACACUGGAAGCACCAGCAGGCCGGCCCAUGACUCCUUCCCCAAGGCACCACUCUCAUGCAGCCCCUCAACAGCAAGAGAGCCACAGGAGGCCUGACUCCAUCCCUCCGUCCCCUACAGUAAGCUUGAAGGGUCAGGAAUGGCCAGAGGUAGGACUGGACAAUCAGGAGGAUGUAGAGAAGCAGCAGAGCCGCCCUAAGUUGCCCACCAAGGCCGCCCUCAAGGCCUUCACUGAGGACUUGCUUCCUCCACUUCCCCCCACACCAGACAGCAGUUCAGAGGUGACCUCCACUACCCCAGAUGUUGCCAUCUCCUCCUUCCGAGGCAGAGGCAGGGGGCUGGGGUGGAGUGGGCGGCCAACAGGUAGAGUGAAGCUGACAUCCCCGGGGAGGAAGCCAGGCCGGGGCCGGGGCAGGGGCAGGGGCAGGGGCAGGAAGAACCAGGCAGUCAGACAACACCUAUGGAAAGAUGACAGCCCUUCUCCCCCACACAUCAACAAAAAGACAGGUGUGGACUCUGCCACCCCCUUCCUGCCACCCCCCCGAUCCCCGCCACCUCCCCGAUCCCCGCUACCUCCCCAAUCCCCGCCACCUCCCCGAUCCCCGCCACCUCCCCGAUCCCUGCCACCUCCCCGAUCCCCGCCACCUCCCCAAUCCUUGCCACCCCCCCAAUCCCUGCCACCCCAAACCACACGCAGAACACGCCGCCCCGGCACUAAUGUUUCAUACACCAAAUACUUUGACACUGAAUCAACUACACUGCCCCCAAAGGCACCACUGGUGCCACCCCUGCAACCUGCCCCACCUGUAUCAUCCCUGCCACCUGUGGCACCUCUGCCACCUGAGCCGUUAAAACCAACCGUGCCACCCCCUAUUGAGACCCAGCAGCAAGUCACAUUGCCAGUACCCCUGGGUGCCCCAGCCCUCCCUCCACCCAAGAGGGGUAGGGGCCGUCCCAAAAAGGCCGUAACAACUCUGCCUAGAACAGAGGCUUCCCAAGAGCCUGCUGCUCCCCCAGCGCUGUCCAACCUCCCCGAAGCUACGAAGCGCCCCCGAGGCCGACCACCCAAGAAACUCUUAGGCAGCACAUCAGAGCCACUGCCAGUGGUGUCCUCGUCACAGCUCACCGUCAAGAUAAACAAUGACUCCAAGCUGAAACUCACCAUCAGGAGGAUGUCCAUAGGCAAGAGAAUGGCCACCACCACCCCUCAUGUACACCACAAGAAGAGGAAAGGGACACCAGAGACUACCACACCACUUUUGCCAACACAAAAAGCGGACUCCAUCAACACCAGCCGCAGUCCCUCAAGCCGGGAUUGGCCAGAACAGUCUGGCACCCUGUCCCCUGCCUCCCAAGACUCCCCUGACUCCUUGCCACUGCACUGUGACCCCCGGGAUCCCCUGGGUAUUGACUUGGAGGACGAGGAGAUGGAGGCAGUCCGGCCAAGAGGUUCAAGGCUAAAGAAUAAUAUAUAUGAGUUUGAGGAGGACUUGAGUGAGGAAGAGCUGCCUGUCAAACAGCGUGCCAAGCGUUUCCGCGAGGGGGGCUCCCACACCUUUAAGCGUGCUCGGCAGAUUCUUUGGAAUGCCAUCAAAACUCCUGUCAGGGACCCUAACUUCAGCUACCUGAGGACCCCCAGCCGUACCCCCUGCCACACUCCAGGCCACUCUACCCCCAGCUAUGCUCCUAUGUACACUCCAGUCCACCGUAUCAACUACACGGGGCCCGGCUCCACUCCCAGCCAUGUUUCACAAGGUGACUUCAAAAUCCGCCUCAGGAAAAAGCAAUCAGACCAUUCCAACCUCGUUGUCAAGAUAAAAAAGACCCAGGGCCCAUCCCAGCCAGAGGCACUUGACACAGACCACGUCCAAACACAGCAGGCAGAUGCAAAACAUCCCCAGCCACAUGAGCCAGAGGCACAGGAAGAGCCUGGCAUGUCAGCUCACGAUGCUCCUGCACUGAAAUCAACAGAAGAAAGUGAGAGAUUGAAGAGCCCAAGUGACAUUGCUGCACUCCAGACCAAGGAUGGCCUUCCUAGCUGCCCCGAGAAACCAGCCGAGGGGAGCAAGCCAGCCAUCAAAAAACUCAUCAUCAAGAAGUCCAAGCUUAGUGGGUUCUCUGCCUCCCUGGAAGCUAGUGAUCGGCCACGACCUGGGCGCACUGAUGAUGGCUUCCUUAUACCAGCAGUCCCUGCCUCAGUCCCUGCCUCAGCCCAAAUUUCUCCUCCCACACCAACUCAAGCUCCUACAUCUGCAUCAUCCUCAACCAAAACUACUUCUGCCCUUGCUCCAGCCCACAUUACCCUGAGACUGAAAAGGUCUAAUCUUCAGUGGCAGCAGGACCCCACCAAUCUUAGUGUGACAUCAAGCAGCUGUAAAGAGGACAAUCUCAUCACCACCAACACUUCUAGUGCCACCACAACCUCUACUACCACUACUACUGCUUCAAUUACUACUACAUCUGCUACUGCGACCGAAACCACUACUGCCACCACCAGUAAUACUACCAUGGCAACCACUGCAUUGACUACCACAACUGUCACAGCAGGGAGCCCAGUGUCAUCUGAGAGACUGGUUGCUAAGAUACAGACACCUCUCAAAAUUAAGAUCAUAAACCCAUCCCAGGAGUCAAGCCACCAGGAACCUGACUCCUCCGGCCCCAGCCACAGCUCUCCUCCUCCCACAGCCCCACCACAACCCUCCACCACCUCUCAGUCAUCACCAACCACCACCUCCACCACACCACCCGCACCAGUCCCCUCUUCACCGCCAUCACCAACAUCUACCUCCACCCUCUCCAAGCCUAGCCAGACUGUUGUCUUCCCCUCACCCCCUGCCCAGUCCUCACCCACCACCCACCCACCACCAACCUCUGCCUCACAGCCUAUCCAGACACCAUCCUCCACAAAGACUUCCACAGGCUCCUCAUCGUCAUCCACCCAUCUUCACUCCACCCCACCACCCUCCACAUCACACACCACUCCUCCCACAUCUAAGAAACUUGCCACAUCCUCAACACCACCAGGCAGACUGACCACACCCAAGCCCACCACCCCCACCAUCACGUCCUCCACCACUGGCUCAUCUCUCAACACCACACCGGUACCUUCUCCCCGCCCCCCUAGCACCCCUCGUGGCGUGGACUCGGUGGAGCAGGCACUGGCAGCUCUCCUGGGCUCCCCAACGAAGGGCUCAGAGAGGGUGGAGGCUCCUGAGGACAGAGAAAUGGAGGACAGUUACCUUGCUGCCCUUCUUAUGGGAGAGAGGGGCACCCCCCCGGAGGCCAGACACCAGCACCCCCGGCAAUCAACACCCCCAGAGGACGUAGACAUGGCUGCCGUCAAUCAGUCAGUGGACGCCAAGCUCAAGACACCACCCAGAGUUAUGGUGGAGAAGCUCCCCCAGAACACAGUGGACUCAUUCACGGCAUUGUCCCAAGAAAGCACCCCAAAGAAGCUGUCCACUGCCACCUCAGCUGCAGCCCCAGAGACCAGCGGGGGGCAACAACAGCCCCUUGAAGAUGCCUCAACCACGACUCCCAGGAAGAGACUUUUGUCCAGCCCCAAAGACACACAGCCCCCCAAGAAGCCAUGCAGGGAAGGUAUAGGGCCUGAGGAGAGUGUGGCCCCCUGUCCUCCCAGCACCAGCAGUGGCUCAGCCCCUGGAAAGGACACCCGAGGUUCUCCUGGAGUUAAAUCUCCUGUCAGGCCCCCAGGGAUACCAGUAUUUGGGCCAGGAGGAGGAAGCAGCCCCAACAAGGGUCUUGGUGGUCCAGACAGGAGUACGCCUCCCUCCUCAAGAGCUGAGCCAGGCAAGAGAGUGGUAGGAAGGCCGCACCUGUCCUUCCCGCACCGCCGCUUCACGGGCGGGAAGAGUGCUGCUGCCCUUAAGAGGAUUGCCUCCCUGGCCACCAUGGACCAUCCCCAGAGUGAUAGUGUUAGCUCGUCCACCCCAACCCCCACCAUCAGGAACAAGCGCAAGGGCAGGCCCAGGCAGAGGGGGAGCACAGAGGAGGAAGAGGAGGAGGAAGACCCCAGUGACCGUGAUCUGGGCAUGAAGGGAGCCACACGACGGAAAAAAUUUGCAACUCGGCUGAAGGUGUGCCGUGUGCUCUCCAGCGAGUCUGAAGAGAGUGCUGGUCCCUUUGCCUCCCCUUCCUAUGCUGCAGCCAAGAAAACCAAGAUCUUAGACAGACCAAAGACCACUAGCAACAAACCUACAGGCACCAUAGGCACCAGCCCCUUCAAGAUCCACGUGAAAGCAACAGCAAAGGGAAUAACCAUCUGCAAGCAGCUGCCAAGAGCCCAGGAGACAGUGACUGUAGAACGGGAAGCUGGUAAGGGUGGGGGAGCAAAGGACGGAGAACAGACGUCACCCCAGCAGACUGAGAGGGAGGAAAACAACAACCGCAUCAAAGACCUUCAGCUGCCCCCUAACUCAGCUCCCGAGGCAACUGACGACAUCGAAGAGACACUAAAAAGGCUGGAUGGUUUCUCCCCUAACACUCCUCGGCCACGCAACACCACCACCCCCAUAUCCAGCUCCCCAGCCAACCCCUCCGGCCCUUCACCUGUGCAUGACAUAGACUCCGGAGAUUCUGCAGAAAGUGUAUCCACCAGAAUAUUUGGUCGAGGGGUAAGUCCAGCCAAACCUAAAACCACCAAAAGAAACACAUCCACAGAAACACAGAAUACAAACCAGCAGGGCACCAGCACCAGCACGAGCCUCCAGCAGAGUGAAGAAGAGAGAGGAGCUGUUCACAAAAGUCCGGCAAAAAAUGGAUCAGGGGGCAAAGUGAAUGAAAAGGCACAAGGCAAAGGCAAGCAGAGGAAGCAAGCAGAGAAGCAGAGUCCAAAAAAGCAGAAGCAGACCCCCAAGAAGCAGAAGCAGAGUCCAGAAGUCAAGAAGCAAACCCCAAGGAAGCAGAGGAAAAGUCCAAACACCAAGAAACAGAAUCUGGGCUGUGAAAAAAAGUCUUCAGGAAGCCCAAAAGAGACCUCACAGGGAAGUCAGGUUCAUGGAAAGAAGAAACAGACUGCAGAAGGCCAGAAAAAUCAGACCCCAGGUAGCCAGAAGCAGCCUGACACUCAAAAACAACCUGACAGCCAAACGCAGACCACAGACAAGCAGGGACAGGCCUCGGACACUCAGAAACAGGCCAAAGGGGACCAGGAACAGACACACAGCCAAAGCCCAACCACAAAAGACAAAAACCUGACGCCAGACAAACGUAAAGCGAUAGACACUCCGAGGCAAAGAGAUGGCCAAGCCUCAGACAGCCAGAAACAGACAGACAAUCAAAACAACGCUCGAGAUAGCCUCUCUUCAUCCACCUCCAAAGAGUCAUCAUCCACCAGUACCUGCCCUACUCAGACCACAGCCUCCCCUCACCCUCCACCCACAGCAGGAGAGACAGCCCCAUCCUGCACUGACAAGGCCAAUUCACAUCACAGCUCCACCUCCUCACGCACUCCUCCAGGCCACACCGCAGCAGCUACUGAAACCAAAAGACCAAAGCGAACCCGUCAGGUGACUUCAUCAGAUUCCGAGGUGAGUGAGGUCGAAAAUACAAGUGUCGAGGGCAACACAGUAGGAGUCAGUCCCACGCAGCCCGCAGAAAGACAGGAGGGAGAGCAGAGUGGGGGUAACAAAGACGAUGGGAGGAGGGAAACUGAGAAGAGAAAUGACGCUACAAAUGGGACAAGAAUGGAAUGCCAGUCGAAGAGGCCUAAUGAUCAUGAUGCUACUGAUGAUGAUGAUGAUAACAGUAAUAGGAGAAAGAAAAAGGGCAACACCAGUGGGAAGGAUGGAGACAGUUCCAACAAGACCAAGGGGAGUGACAAUACCAGGAAAGAUAAGGACAGUGAAGGCAGCAACAACAGAGGCGGUGAGAACAGAGGUAACAAUGACAGCAGCAGCAGAGGUACCAGUGAGGACACCAGCAGGAAGGAGACCCAGGAGAAGAGGAGUCAGGGCAGCACCAACAACAGGGGAGAAGUGAAAGCAUCCUCCGCUGUCCCCUCAGUGACCGAGCAAUACAGCGACCGCAUCAUUGACGUCAACGCUGAGUAUCGCGACCCCAUGUGGAAUAUGGCGUUCCUGACCCCUGACUAUUAUGGCCGGGAUGAGAUGGCAUCACCGCAACAAGCCUCCUCGCCUGGAUCAUCUCAGGGCCGGCAAGCCUCUGGGACCAGACAAGCCUAUCCCACGCUGCUCACCCUCCAGCUGGCAAGCUACGAGAGUCCUGCAUGGAGGGAGCGCUCAGACUCCUGCUCUUCCACCAGCCACCGCUCAAGAGCCUCCACCCCUGGUGAGGAGGAGCAGUCACGGGGACUGGUCAGCAGCAGCAGCAGCAGGUCAUUAGGUGGGCCAGUGGAGGGGCAUCCCAGUCCAGGAGCCAACAUCCUGCCCAUUGUGGAGGUGGAGGUGAUGGAGAAAAGUCCCCAGCCAGAAUGUACAGGAGAGGCGGACAUGGAGGACCCAUUGGCUGCAGACACACAGGAUCCACUGGAGGAGAAUCAAGACACAGAGGUGAAUGGCUCUGAUGGUGCCUUGAUGGGGGAGGAAACUCUGGACCCCUUGGCUGAUACUGGGGACCCACCAGAGGUAAAUGAGGACCCCCUGGCAGACACUAAUGUCCCCACAUUGGGUGACACACAAGACCCACUGUCCACAGAGACUCCAGAUUCUCUUGCAGAAAUUGAAGACCCCCUGACAAACGAGGAUGACCCAGCAGACCCCCUGGCCACAGAAACAACAGAUCCACUAGCAACGGAGAUACAGAACACUCAGACAGUUGAGACACAGAAUUCUUUGGCCACAAAAAUGGUUGGCUCCUUGCCAUCUGAGGCACGAAACUUCUCAGGGAGUGGGACAGAGGACCCUUUGUCCACAGAGGGAGCAGAGCAGUCAGUAGAGGAUACAGACAACUCUCCUGAGAAUGAGAUGCAAGACCCACUGUCAACUAACCUUGUCACUGAACCACAGAACCCCAUGCUGACAAAGACCCAGACCCAGCCAGUGGCAGAAAGGGUAACAGGUCAUGAGGCUGACCCAGCAGGGAGAAACCACCAGCUAACCCAGCCAGCCAUCCUGCAGAGGACCAUCAAGCCAGAUCCCUCAACACCACCACAGUCCCCAGUGUUGCCUAAUGCUGAAACACUAUGUGAGGAGGAGGUGGACAGAAAGCCAUUCCUUGGGCUUAGGAGUGGCAGCUUGACAGAGUCAGAGUUUUCUGCUGAAAGUAUUGACAUAGUGAAUGAGAGCAAGAGUCUCCCAAGUCUUAGUGACAACUUUUACAAAGCCGGGAAUGAGUCAGCAGCACAGAUGAAUGAUUUAUGUCCAAGCAGCAUCACUCCACACCUGUCUGACGCAAGUCCUGCCACUGCCUCCCCCUCUGGGGAGACUCCAACCAGCGGCAGCGACAGGGCAGGGGAGUUUGACGCCUUGGAGGAUGACCUCUUUGGUGGUGGUGCAGCAAGGGAUGGUUCAACCAUGCCAGCCAGUCCAGCAGAAAGCCUUGAGGAGGAGAGUGAGAGUGCUGGAACAUCCCCUAACACAGCAGUGAUUAGUAAAGCAGAGCGGAAAAAAGAGCGGAUGUCCCCUGUUCCUUGUUCCUUCAGACAGAGAACUUCAUCAAUAUCACCCACCAGCCCCUCAGCCUUGCCUGCACCUCUCACCAUUGACAUCACACCACAGAGGCACACAUCAGAAGACUCGGAUGACAGCAGCGGCUGUCCAUCUCUAACCAUCAGCCCAUCUCAGCCAGAAUGCAGCUCAUCUGUAGAGGCUGCUCCCGGCAACACUGCUAUCACAUCCACCUCUACCAACACCACUACUAAACUUACCACGUCCAGUGCCAACACUACUAAUGCUAGCACUACACUUACUUCCCAUGACAACACUACCACUAACACAUCUACUACCACUACUGCCAACACUCCAAACACACCCACCACUGUCAGUAGCAACAUGUCAGCCAUUGCCAGUAUCACCAGUAGCCCCACCACCACACAGAUCACUGCCACCAGGACUACCACCGCCUCACACACAUCCAACACAACCCUCAUCACCAACACCACAACCACCACCCCCACUUCUACAGUCGCCAGCACUCCCACACCCACCCAUACAUCCACCUCCACACGCAACACCACCACUACCACACUCCCUCGAACACCAGCUGUAGUAGUAGAGAAGAAAAAUCAAAAUAACACAGAUACCACCACCACCAUCACAACAACAACCACCACCAUUGCCACCUCCAACACCACACCACUUACCAAGCUCAGAAUGGGAAGUACAGAGCCCACCACCACAACCACAGUAUCAACAAAAGGCAGUACAGCCCCUCAGGUCCCAGCAACCACGACGAUGCCUACCACUACCACUACUAAUACUACCACAUCUGCUCCUGCCCCCACUACCACCACUACAUCCUCCACCCCAACCAACACCAUUACCACCUCUCCAGUAACAAAGAGGAAUGAGAUCAAAAAGGUUCUAGCAAAGAAAACCACAGCAGGGGCAGAAAAGAAGGGAGCCGUAGGAGGUGAAAAGAGCACGAAGGGGAAUAAGAAAACCAUUACACCCAGCAGAGUAGGACAGCAGGCCAGCACCACAGCCACAGAGAAUGAACAAGCUGAGCAGGCUGAUAUAGAACCAACUUGUACAACCACUUCUUUACCUACUAAGCAAACCAAACAAACAGCUCAAGAGACUACCACAGCAUGCAAAGAGAUCCAGCAAACCAGCACCACAGCCACAGAGCAUGAGCAAGCCAAGCAAAUGAACAUUAAACCAAGCAACACAGCCACCUCUUUCCCUGCCAAGCAAACCAAACAAGCAGCUGAAGAAAACACUACAGCUACAGAGUGUGAACCAGCCAGGCAGAGUAACAGAGAGCCAGUCACCACAACCACCUCUUCACCUGCCAGGCCAACAACUGAAGAAAACACAACAGCUACAGAGCGUGAACCAGCCCGGCAGACUAACAAAGAACUAACCAACACAACCACCUCUUCACCUGCCAAGCAAUCUAAGCAAACGGCGGAAGGAAACACAACAGCCAAGGAGGAACAAAGAAAAAUUCCUUCAGGCACCACCACCACCAUUGCUACCACUGCUUCUACUGGUGCUGCUUCAAAGGGCGCUGAGAUUAUGGUAGCUAAAGACACUGACAGCAGAUCGAUUACUUCUUCAGAUAGUGAGCAAGCAGCCAGCAUCACAAGCAAGGAAGCAAAGAACACUUACCAAGAACUCUCAGCAAGGGAUAAACAAGCUGGACCGGGAGACACUACCAACAUAACACCUGCUACCACAACUACCACCACCAUAUCAACUGCUACAUCCACCACCACCACCACCACACUUGCUCCUACAUUCACCACUGCCUCCCUUGCAGCUACUACUACAACAACAACUUCAGCUGCCCCUACCACAAAGACCAUUACAGCAGCUGCUACAUCGGCUACCAACCUUGUUUCUGUUACAUCCACUACCACCAAUACAGCUGCUGCUACUUCCACAGUUACCACCAAAGCUGCUUCUCCUUCAUCCACCCCAACAACAACAGCCUCCAUGUCCAAAUCAUCCACCAUACCUAUGACCUCCACAGUGGCUGCUGCAUCCACCACCACUACCACUACUACUGCUAAAGUGAAUACUACAGAAUCUGCCUCCACCUCCUCCACCUCUACGAUUACUGCUGCUGCUUUAACUACCACCACAGCAGUCACUCUGUCCACCAUCGCCAGUGCACCAUCGGCAGCAGCAGUAGUGGAGAAGACAGGUGACCAGACGAAAAGCAGCACACCCUCCCAUGUACCCUGCACUCUCACAGACAUCAAUCAGCAGAGGAACACAGGAGUGGGCCAGGACAAACUAAGACAGGGGAUGAUUCAAACUAAUGAUAAAAUAACUGAAAAAGGUGACCAGGUUUCCCAAAAGCACCACAACUCCCAAGAUUAUAACCAGGAGCCGCAGAAAGAUGAUGAGUCACCAGUAACUUGUGAAGUGUCUCUGAAGGGCCAUGUUGCCUCAAAAACCCCUCAGUCAAUAGAUAGUACUUGUGCAUCCUCAAAUAACACCCAACAGCCUUCAGAGAAAACACCGCCACAAGGCUGCGGAGAAGUAAAUGGCCAGACAGUGAGUAAGGACAUCAGUGCAUCAAAAGAGACAAAGAGUACAGGAGAAAUAAAGACAGGUUUUGCAAUCAAGGAAAGAGAAAAGGGAGAAGGAGCAGACAUUAAAACAGAUAACAAAACCCAAAAAUCUGUGGAAGACACGACCCAAACAGAAACAAAGAAUCUGCAGAAAGCUCCAGAUACCCAAAUGGAAAGAGCCAAGGAGCAAGAAGACACCAAGAAAAAGAAAAUACCAGAUCAAAACCUUCUCCUGGAGCCCGACAAUCCCAUCAUGUCCACCUCAACAACAACAGACAAAGACAAACCUAAACAUUCAAGCAAAGAUGAGGAAGCCAUUGACGUGCCUUGGGAGAAGCUGGUGAAGGGAGGGAAGCUGUCACUCAAGGUCUCCAUCGACAGGUCCAUCAUCAACAUCGAGGAGUCACUUGUUUCGUCCGGCCGUUGCUCCUCUCCACCCUCCGCUGAGUGUGUUGAGUCUGGUGGAAAUAAAACCCAGAAUAAGCAAGGCAACCAAAACAGAGAUAAGGCUGCCGGUAGUCCUCAGGCUCCCUCACACCCAGCAUCACCAUCAAACACACUUAGUUCUCACUCCUCCAAAGAUGGGGACAAAGACCAGACAAGUGAUGAUCAGGAGCCAGAUAAGGAAAGUUCAGCAGCAGAGUCUUCAAAGGGCAAGGAGGAGAGCCACCACCACCCAGAUCACCCCAAAAGCUCCCAGGGUGCCUCAAGGAGAACAAAUCAAAAAGGGCUCAAGAAGGAUCUCAGGAACAGCAGCAAGAAGAGGCACCACAGCUCCCCCCAUGACCAUGCAGAGGGAGAGAAGAGGCUAAGGACACUCAAGGAAAGGUCGGAGAGCACCAUGAAGUCUCCUCAAAGUAAAGAGACUCACAGAACCAAAGAUAUGAAACCAACACCAGCAGAGCCUUUCCCCAUCUCCACCGUUGCCACCACCACCACCACCAAUACUGUCACCAACACCAGUACCAAUACCAACACCACCAAUACCACCAACACCAACAUCAAUACCAAUACCAACACCACCAAUGCCAACACCACCAACACCAAUACCAACACCACCAAUGCCAACACCACCAACACCAAUACCAACACCACCAAUACCAACACCAACACCACCAAUACCAAUACCAACACCAACCCCACCAAUACCAACGCCAACACCAACCCCACCAGCACCAACACCACCUCCACCAAUACCAACACCAACCCCACCAAUAGCAGCACCACCAAUACCAACACCAACACCAAUACCAACACCACCAACACCACCAACACCAAUACCAAUACCAACACCAAUACCAGCACCACCAAUACCAAUACCAACACCAACACCACCAAUACCAAUACCAACACCAAUACCAGCACCACCAAUGCCAACACCACCAAUACCAAUACCAACACCAACAACACCAAUACCAACACCAACACCACCAAUACCAACACCAACCCCACCAAUACCAACACCAAUACCAGCACCACCAAUGCCAACACCACCAAUACCAAUACCAACACCACCAACACCAAUACCACCAAUACCAACACCAACCCCACCAAUACCAACACCAAUACCAGCACCACCAAUGCCAACACCUCCAAUACCAACACCACCAACACCAAUACCAAUACCAAUACCAACACCAAUACCAACACCACCAACACCAAUACCAACCCCAGCACCACUAAUACCAACACCAAUACCACCACCAACAACACCAACACCGCCACCGCCAAUACCAGCACCACCAAUACCAACACCAACACCACCAAUACCAACAACAAUACCAAUACCAACACCAACACCACCAAUGCCAAUACCAACACCACCAACACCAAUACCAACACCACUAACACCAACACCACCAAUACCAACACCACUAAUACCAACACCAAUACCAACACCAGCAACACCAAUACCAACACCACUAACACCAGCACCACCAAUACCAACACCAACACCACCAGCAACACCAAUACCAACACCACUAACACCAACACCACCAAUACCAACACCAACACCACUAAUACCAAUACCAACACCAGCACCACCAACACCAAUACCAACACCAGCACCACCAAUACCAACACCAGCACCACCAAAGCACUCACAAAAUCCUCAUCAACAUCAGACUCAAUCCAAGAAGAUCAAACACUAGGAGAGUCCACAUGUGCCACGGGAUCCUCGCAGCCAAAUAAGAGUGUAGUUGAAGGUGCCUCUGCUAUCCCACCAAGACCAAGACCUGAGGAGGAGGCAGAGGCAGGCGACAAGGACGUAAGCUCAGGCAAAACAGAAGACACAGAAACAUCACCAGAAGGAGCAGUUUCACCAAAUGGAAAGUCAGACAAGGCAAGCAACAUCAACACCACCAACAAACCUGAUACUGAAGACAAGGAAGUAAAAGAUGUUGACAAGAAAACAAAAGAUAUUAAUGAAAGUAAGGUUGAUGAUUCUCACUCUGGGAAUAAAGGCAGCAAUUCCACAGUAUUAAAUUCUGUAGAAGCAACAUCACCGAAAGAACCCACAGAAGUAACAGCAAAUACUCAAUCCUCCACUCCAUCUAGUAGCUCACAGCACACUGAGGAAACCAGCAAACUACCAAAGAAGAUAACAGAAGAGAAGGCAGAGAAAGGCAAUGAUGCAGCAUAUAAAGACGAUGCUGAUGUUGAAGAGAAAAGCAAACACACGGCAACUGUCAAUGAAAAAACUUCAGAACCCACAGAGGACAAAGAAGAGAAGAGUGAGGAAAAAAACAAGAACAAUGACACAAAGGGACACAAACAUCUGGUGGAAGAAGGAGCACCCAAUGCACAAAAUCCACCCAAAAGUCCAGAGCCCAGUGACAGCAAGUCAGUUCCGUCACCACCCAUCUCAGACUCACAAGACUUGCCCAAAAGAUCAAAGGCCUUGGAUGCCAGGACAGACUCUUCCACACACAACAGUUCCAGCAGCCAGGGAACCUCCAGUCCAACAAGUGGGGUGCCCUCAGAGAAGCAUGGCUCCCCAUCAGAAGCCAAGACCAAACAACCAUGUGCUGUUGAAAAAAGCCAGGGAGGAGCACAUUCCCCUCAAAAAGCCAACAGAAUCUCCCUCUCGAUCAUGACAUUUGGUGUUGACAAUGACGAGUGGGCCCUCAGAAAAAGGCAGAGUCCCAAGCCCACCCCUCAGCAGACGCCAGUCCCAAGUACCAGUGAGAAAGACAACAGUACGCCAGAGAAGACUUUGGAGACCAUCAAGAAGGAAAGCUCAACGCCAGGGAAGUCGUCAUCAUCCUCAGGGUCAGGGAAAAGAUCAGCAUCCCCAGUCAAGGCCAGUAACCGUUCCAAGUCUCCCAAGGUCAUUGUGGUGAAGGAAACACUCUCCUCAGGCUUUGAUAUGAUGAUGCAGAAGGUCUUUGGUGAGGACAAGAUUGCAAAGGCCGUCAAAAGGAAGAAAAAGAAGCCACUCCAACCCUUAAAAGUAAAGAAGCUAGUUGCAAAACCAUCAGAAGGCAGCAAGUCAGAAAGGGCAACAAAAACAGAGAAACCAGGGAAAGAUAAAGUCAAGAAAAGUGGGCAGGGAGGAAGCACUUCAAGGAAAAGGGAAAAAGGUGACUCAUCAUCUCAAUCAUCCAAGAAGAGUAAAGUGACAAAGAAGAAGGUUCACCCUGGAGAUUCAUCGGAUAAGACAAAGAGCUCGUCCUCGGAGAAGAGCAAGACAACAUCCACAUCACAUGACAAAGACAGUGCCACAUCUUCAUCACCACCAGAGAAGGAAAAGCCCUCAACAUCAGACAAGAAAUCCUCCCCAUCAUCCUCCCUAGUUAAGGAAAAGCCACUGUCUUCAUCCACAGCAAAGGAAAAGUCUUCGCCUACACCCACCGAUAAAGGAAAGUCCUCAUCUUCAUCGUCAGAGCAGGACAAAGCUCCGUCUUCACCAUCAGACAAGAAGAAGUCCCAAUCAUCUCAAGAAAAGGAUAAUCCCUCGUCUUCAUCCACAGAAAAAGCAAAAUCCCCAUCAUUGCAUAAAGGUAGACCCUCAUCAUCAUCCCAUGGGAAGGAAAGUACCCCAUCAUCGUCCCAAGACAAAUCAACUGUAGUACCACAAGAAAAAACCCCACCAUCAUCCACUGACAAGUCUCCAUCAUCUUUGAAAGACAAGGAACAGCCCCCGUCAUCACCCAGUGACAAAAAGGAUUCACCGUCGUCAUCCAUGGACAAAGAAAACUCAUCAUCAUCAUCUAAAGAGAAACAGAAGCUCCCAUCAUCACCCCUGGGCAAGGACAAGCUCCCUUUAUCUUCUCCAGACAAGCUCCCAUCUUCAUCCCCCAGCAAAGAUGACUCCCCAUCAUCAAUCAAAGAUAAGCAAGAGUCCCCUUCCUUAGACACAGACAAAUCCCCAUCACCCCAAGACAAAGAAAAGUCCCCAUCACCCCAAGACAAAGCCAAGUCCCCGUCACCCCAAGACAAAGCCAAGUCCCCAUCACCCCAAGACAAAGCCAAGUCCCCAUCACCCCAAGACAAAGCCAAGUCCCCAUCACCCCAAGACAAAGCCAAGUCCCCAUCACCCCAAGACAAAGCCAAGUCCCCAUCACCCCAAGACAAAGCCAAGUCCCCAUCACCCCAAGACAAAGCCAAGUCCCCAUCACCCCAAGACAAAGCCAAGUCCCCAUCACCCCAAGACAAAGCCAAGUCCCCACCCCAAUACAAAGCCAAGUCCCCAUCACCCCAAGACAAAUCAAAGUCCCCAUCACCCCAAGACAAAGCCAAGUCCCCCCAAGUCCCCACACCCCAAGACAAAGCCAAGUCCCCAUCACCCCAAGACAAAGAAAAGUCCCCGUCACCCCAAGACAAAGCCAAGUCCCCAUCACCCCAAGACAAAGCCAAGUCCCCAUCACCCCAAGACAAAGCCAAGUCCCCAUCACCCCAAGACAAAGCCAAGUCCCCAUCACCCCAAGACAAAGCCAAGUCCCCAUCACCCCAAGACAAAGAAAAGUCCCCAUCACCCCAAGACAAAGAAAAGUCCCCAUCACCCCAAGACAAAGCCAAGUCCCCGUCACCCCAAGACAAAGCCAAGUCCCCAUCACCCCAAGACAAAGCCAAGUCCCCAUCACCCCAAGACAAAGCCAAGUCCCCAACACCCCAAGACACAGGCAAGUCCCCAUCACCCCAAGACAAAGAAAAGUCCCCAUCACCCCAAAACAAAGAAAAGUCCCCAUCACCCCAAAACAAAGAAAAGUCCCCAUCACCUCAAAACAAAGAAAAGUCCCCAACACCCCAAGACACAGACAAGUCCUCAACACCCCAAGACAAAGAAAAAUCCCCAUCACCCCAAGACAAAGAAAAGCCAUCAUCUUCACCCACUCACCCAGACAAGUCUUCAUCAGACAAAGAAAGGCACCCAUCACUCCCACAUAAAGAAAAGUCCCAAUCUCUAUCCCCAGACAAAGAUAAGUCCCCAUCUCAAUCCCCAGGCAAAGAAAAGUCCCCAUCUCAAUCCCCAGACAAAGAAAAGUCCCCAUCUCAAUCCCCAGACAAAGAAAAGUCCCCAUCUCAAUCCCCAGACAAAGAAAAGUCCCCAUCUCAAUCCCCAGACAAAGAAAAGUCCCCAUCUCAAUCCCCAGACAAAGAUAAGUCCCCAUCUCAAUCCCCAGGCAAAGAAAAGUCCCCAUCUCAAUCCCCAGGCAAAGAUAAGUCCCCAUCUCAAUCCCCAGACAAAGAUAAGUCCCCAUCUCAAUCCCCAGACAAAGAUAAGUCCCCAUCACAAUCCCCAGACAAAGAUAAGUCCCCAUCUCAAUCCCCAGGCAAAGAAAAGUCCCCAUCUCAAUCCCCAGACAAAGAUAAGUCCCCAUCUCAAUCCCCAGAAAAAGAUAAGUCCUCAUCACCUCCCCAGGACAAAGAAACACUCCAAUCUUCAUCCCCAGACAAAGACAGCCACCAGUCGUCACCCCCAGACAUGGACAGUGAAUCCCCAUCAUCAUCAGAGAGGAGAGAGAGAUCACCUCCAUACCCCAAAAAGGAAAGAGCCUUGCCCACCACCACAGUCAAGAAGAAGGAAACUGAAGUAUUGUCAUCACCAGAUAAGACCACCAGUAUCACAGUCUGCCCGACCACUCAACAAAAACAGGCUUUACCUACUGAUAAAGGAGAAAGUAAAGUUUCAACUGCAAGCUCAGAAAAAUUGCAGCAAGACACUGUGCAAGCUUCUACUGUGAAUAAGGGUUUGUCUCCAGAAAAAGAGAAAGUCCAGCUUCCGUUGCCAGACAAAGGCCUCACUUCACAAACCAGCUCAGACAGAGAGAGCAAGGAGAGUCCACCAAUUUCUCCCCCAAACAAGGAACAAGACAAGGUUUCAUGUACCACAACAAAGGAUAAUUCAUCUUUGCCCCCAGAUCAGGAAAAUGACCACACUGUAUCCCUAAGAAAAGAGGAAACUUCAUUGUUGCCAAAGGAAAGUGAGAAACAAGCAGAUUCAUUACAAGACAAAGAACAGUCCUCAGAUAAGCCCACAGUCAAAGGAGAUGAAAUUUCCUGCAAGAGCAAGGAGCUGACCCAAGCCUCAUCUGUAGACUGUGAGAAAACUGCCCCUUUGCCACAGAACAGAGAAGCACCAGAAAGUGUUAAAUCUACCAGUUCAAGAGGAGAAAAGAAUAGUUCAGAUUUGAAAGCCAAGAACAAAGGGCGAGAGUCCCCAGGAGAUAAAGCAAGCAGUCCUGACUCAAGCAAGUCCAAGAGUACAUCAGAAAAGGGACACGAGUCAUCCGGUGGAAAGAGUCACCAGGACAUGAAGAAGGAGAGUCACCAUGAACCUUCAGACACCAGACAUGCCUGUAAAGAGUCACACACUAAGAAAACAGAGUCCAGAGAGUCAUCCUCCAGUAAGCAUAGAAGCCGAGACACAUCGCUGAGUAAAAACAGAAGCAAGGACUCGUCAAGCACCAGCAGCAGGAGUAGAGAAUCAUCCGCUAAUGGGAAGAGAAGCAAGGCAUCCACAUCCAGCAAGAAUACGAGCCAAGAAAAUAUCAACAGCAACAGAGAAACAGAGAAAAAGAAGACUGGAUCACAAGAGUCUCUGAAACACCACAACGCAGACAGCAAGGGAAGAGGACAUCCAGGAAGUCAAGAGAAGAGUCCCCAAAAUCCAUCUGCCAGAGAAAAGAAAUCACCCGCUGAAGAGAAGGAAAAGAGCAAAGAAUCACCCGAGAAAGAAAAGACUCAAGAAUCGUGUAAAAAGGGCAGUGAUGGUACGGACAACUCCAAGGACCAGGAGAAGCACCACCCAGCCAGGGACCAGAAGGAGAGUUUUAAGGGUAAAGACACAAAGGACAAGACUAAAGACAAGGGCUCUCACACCAAAGACAAAAACAGCUGCAAGGAAGGUGAGAAGAGAGACAAAAACAGCGGCGACAAAGAUUCCGAUGAUAAAGAGAAGAGUAACAGCAAAGAGGGAAAGGAAGACAAGGAAGCCCACAGCAAAGGGAGAAAAGAAGACAAAGACGACAAAGAAAGUAAAGAAGGAGGCAACAACAAAGAGAGAAAGGAAGACAAAGAAGAGAAAGAAAGACACUGCAAAGAGAGAAAAGAAGACAAGAAAGACAAAGAUAGCCACAGCAAAGAGAGAAAAAAAGACAGAGACACCCACAGCAAAGAGAAAAAGGAAGACAAGGAAGAUAAAGAAAGAAAGGAAGACAAAGAUAGCCACAGCAAAGAGAGAAAGGAGGGCAACAAAGACAAACACAAGAGCAGAGAAUCUAACCCUAAAGAGUCGCACAAGAGAGAGAGCAGUAGUCACAGUGAGUCACGGUCAACCAAACAACACGACAGAGGAUCACCAGCAGGCAAACGCAGCAACGAGAGCAGAGAAACGCACGGCAGAAGCAGGAGCAAAGAAAAGGACUCAAACGCCAGAGACAAACGCACCAGCAGCAAGGGAGACAGAAGUGCCGAUCGAGACCCGAAGAACAGACAGAAACAGACCAGCAAGAGAGAAAAAGCAAGCAGCAAAGAGAGACACGAAAGGGACAGACUGAGCCCCAAAGAUACAAGCAAAACCAGCAACAAAGAUCACAACAAAAGGGAUAGAAACAGUGACGGUGGAACUCCUCACAAAGAUAAAACCAGCAACAAGGAAGCUUCCAGUAACGACAAAAGCAGUAGCAAAGAGAAGAACAACGGCAAGGAAACGCCAAGUAAAGAGAAUUCGAGCAGCAAGGAAUCUCCCAGCAAGGAUAAAAGCAGUGAUAAGGAAACACAAGCCAGAGAUAAACACACCAUCAAGGACACUCCAAGGAAAGACAAGGCCAGCGCGCAGAGACCCAGAAGCGGAGACAAGGACACACAGAGUAAGAAGGAGAAAGCUGGCCGCAAACCUAACCUGGCCACGAAAGACACAGGCAUCAGCAAGGAAGACAACCCUCCCAAGAGCCAGGACAGUGAGGCCACAGCGAAAGCAGACUCAACAGACCAGGCAAAACUAUCGAAAAUCAAGAAGGCUCUGACGUCUCUGUUUGGCUCUGUGGAGACUAAGAACCCUGUUGGUGACUCUUCAUCUUCUACACCAUCCAAGGACCCUAAAAAGACUGUUCCAGAGAUAAAGCAGACUGAGAAGGCACUCGAGCUUCUCUUUGGUUCUGACCCAAAACUGGAAGGCCCUGGGAAGUCUGGGGAAGAGGAGGAGGAGGAGGAGGAGCAGUACACCCCCCAGCCUCUUAUUCCCCCUGGUACCUCCUACUCCUCUCAGGCCUCCAGUGCUGCCCCAGGCCUUGAAUACCAGCCCCAGCCCAUUACUAAGGCCCCACCAAACCCCAAGUACCAGCCCCAGCCCAUCACCAAAGCCCCAGAUCAGGAAUACCAACCUCAACCCAUCUCCAAACAGCAGAAGGAGAAUGAUCAAGAGCCCCCACAGCAAGACUACCACCCCAAAAGCAUCAAGGGGGAGGACAAAGAGCUUGAGUACCAACCUUUGCACAUCAGCUUGAAGACACCAGUUCAGGAAUACCAACCCCAGAGCAUAAAGAAAACAGUCCCUCAGAAUCCAGAACACCAGCUGGACAGCACCAAGAAGAAGAGCUUGCUGAAGGAACACCAGCUGCAGAAAAUGAAGAAGAAGGUCUCACAGCAUGACCCAAAGUCCCUGUCCAUGAAAAAGGAGGGAACAGGGAGUGGCCAUCAGUCUGAGGCUGGCAAAAAGGCAAAUACUAAACAAGAUUUCCAUGGACAAAGCAGCAAAAAGGGCAGCUCCCCACAUGAGCAGACACAAGGCAGCAGCAGCAAGGGGCCCAGCAAGGCUCAGAUAGUCAGGCCAGCCUCCUCCCAGCCCUCAGCCCUCAAGUCCUUACAAGACAGGAAGGCUGGCACCACCCACCAGCCACCAGACUCCCCAGAAGACAGACCCAUGGAGACAGCCACCAGUGAUAACAGCCCUAGUGAAGCCUAUGUCCCCAAGCCCCUUACCCAGCCCACCCCCAAGGCUGAGUACAUUCCCAAAUCAUUGUCCGGGCCCAGUGGCUCCCCGCCGGAGGACGAUGAGUACAGUCCCCAGCCCAUCGUUGGCCUUGACAAGCCCACCCCAGAGUACAUUCCCAGCGGCAUAGCAGCCAUCCCGCCCAGCCAGGACCCCAGCCUCAAGACGCCCCAGGAGGAAGAGUAUGUGCCCCUACCCCCUUCCAGGCCAGGGGAGGGGGGGGGUGGCCAGCCAUUGUCUGACCCACAGACUCCCUCACCCAGCAAGUACCAGCCUCACAGCCUUGCAGGGGAGAAGAUCACACCAGGGUUCUACAGGGAGCAAGGCAGCGGCAACAAUGACGACAACAAUGACAGCAACAGGGGCCGGGGAGGCCAGCAGUCAAGGCAGCGGCCAAGAGGAGGCAACGUCCCCCGCCAGCCGGGCCGUCAGCCAGGCCAAGGCAGGCGUAAUGAUGGCCAGCGUGGGGGACGGGCCAGGACAAGGCAAUCAGGGAGCAAGACCCUGGUGUACCUGCCUCCCCCACCAGCCCAGGAUGAUGUGGCCUCUUCCUCUGGGGACUAUGACCUGCGCCCAGCCCUUCACCCCCAGGCCUUCUGUAGCAACCCAGGCGACUUGCCCACCCGGCCCCUGGAGGUGGGCGGGCAAGUGUUGCACCUCAGAACCAACACCAUCACUGACCUAGAGGAAUUUGAGGGACGCUUCCAGGCCGAGGGACUGGAAAACUGGAGGGUGCUGUUGACCUCAUUGGAGACCGAGGCAGCCACCCCCGCCAGGCACGAGGCCUCAUUCCUGGGGGCACGUAGAGGAGCCAUCCUCACCCCAGUGAAGCCACCCCCACCCCUCAAAGAUGUCCAGCGGUGGGUGAAGGCGCGACAGAUCCUGGCGGCCCUGAAGAAAGAUGGCCACAACAGGAAGGGGGGUGGGGGCGAGGGGGGGAGCCAGUCCUCACCACAAGGGGGCAACAAAAAGGAUAAUAACAGUGACAAAACUUCAAGACCCAGUGCCCCCGGCCACAAGGACUCUGGCAAGGGUGGUGCCAGCAGCAGUGGCAGCGGCGGGCACCAGCAGCAUCAAGCAGCACUAAGCACCUCCCCCUGGGGUGGCCACCUCAGCACCAGCACACCCCAUCCCAAGCCACCACCAAGGAUGCAGGCCCUCCACCUCACCCCCAUCACCAAGGCAGACAGCCCCUCCCCAGGCACCUCUGGCCACACCCCAGCCCUCCUCAGCCACCCCACAACCCCUUCAGGUCACCCUCCCACCCCCAGAACCAGCAACCUUACCCCCUCCCGCUUGCAGCCCCGGUCAAGGCGGCGAGUAUCCUGGGAGGCCGAGCAGCCCUGGGCCACAGUGUCCCCGCUGCUUGGCAGGAAGCGUCGUGCAUCUCUGGACGGUCUGGCUCCUCUUGAAGAAGGCCUAGAGGGGGAGGCUGUACAGAGGGAGGCAGGGCCAAGAGGGAGGAGGGCCUUCAGGGGGCUGGCGCUGGACAUCACCACGGAGCCAGCCAGCAAGAGGCCCAGAAACAGCCUCAGCCAGGAGCAAGGGGAGGCAGGCAAGGAUGCUGACCCAGGAGGCAGCCUAAGCAUCCCAGGGGGUGAGGAGACAGCGAGUUGGAAGGGCGGAGAUGACAGUGAGGUGUUGGCGAGCUCCCAACCCUCCCCAGCACCUGCCUCGGCUCCCUCCCCUGUGCCUUCCCCUGCCUCACCCAUGGUUGGAAGUCAGCCAUCCUCCAGCAAGCCAGCCAGCCAUUCAGGAACCCCACCACUGAGCCAGCCAUCAUCCGGCAAGCCAGUCAACCAUUCAGGAACCCUGCCACUGAGCCAGCCAUUGUCCGAUAAGCCAGCCAGCCACUCAGGAACACCUCCACUUAGUCAGCCGGGCAGCCAGCGCUCCAAUGACUCGCUCCUCCGCCGGCAGCUGCUUGACUCACAGUUCCGGCAGCAGUUCUACAGCCUGGCGGGCGGCCACGGCUCACUCUCUCAGGUGCUGGAAGGCCCCUCACUCAACAAUUCCUUUGGCUUCAAGUUCUCCAGCCACAACCUGUUUGAGGCCAAGGCAGUCCAUGAGCAUGAGUUCCUGACCCUGAUGUGCCUAGAAUGCCAUAUUGCCACACGACCCCAGCUGCUGCCUGAUCCCCAGUUUGACUCCAUCUGUGCUCUCGUCUUCUCUAUCUCUCAGGACCUUCCCCCAGAGCACCCCAGCCCCCAGCACUUACGAGGUGCAGUCGUGGUGAGCAGCGGCGGCUGUGACUUGGUGACCAGCACAGGACUCACUGACUUGGCUGUUCUCCACGUGGACUCAGAGUCUGACCUUCUAGAGGAGGCCAUCCGCCUGGUCACCACCUGGGACCCAGACAUGCUAGUGGGCUACGAGGUGCAGCGGGGGUCCUGGGGGUACUUAUUGGAGCGGGGCGUGGCACUGGGGGCGCAGGUGGUGGCCCGCCUCUCCCGUGUGCCUGAGGGGACCAGGGGAAGCCACCACCUGGAGGAGGAGGAUGAAUAUGGGGCUGACCACACCUCACAGAUCCACCUGGCCGGCCGUGUGGUGCUCAACGUGUGGAGGCUCAUGAGGGCAGAGGUGGCGCUGCAGAGCUACACCCUGGAGAGUGUGGCAUAUGAGGUGCUUCACACACGCAUCCCCACCUUCUCCCAUGGACAGCUCACCGAGUGGUGGCUGACCGACUCCACACGUUGGCGCGCCCUCGGACACUGCCUCACCCGCUGCCGCCUCACCCUGGACCUAUUGCACCGCCUCGAUCUUGUCCCACGCACCGCAGAACUUGCUCGCCUCUUUGGAAUACAGUUUUACGAUGUGUUAUCUCGAGGUUCCCAGUUCCGGGUGGAGUCCAUGAUGCUGAGGCUGUCCAGAGGGAGGAACAUGGUGGCCCUCUCUCCAAGCAUACAGCAGCGAGCAGCCAUGAAAGCGCCUGAGUGGAUAGCCCUUACCAUGGAGCCCCAGUCAAGAUUCUACACAGAGCCGGUGGUGGUGCUGGACUUUCAGAGCCUCUAUCCGUCAGUGAUGAUCGCCUACAACUACUGCUACUCCACCUGUCUGGGCCGCAUCCACCUGCUCCACCAGCCACCUCCAGUCCCCUUCACCUUUGGCACCACACACCUGCGCCUCCCAGCUGACCCUCGCCGCCUCCUGGAGUGUGUGGAUCAGAUGAAUGUGUCCCCCUGCGGCGUGGCUUUCCUGCCGGCUCAGAUGAGGCGUGGGGUGCUGCCGAUCAUGCUGGAAGAGAUUCUCAACACCCGACUGAUGGUCAAGGCAGCCCUUAAGAAAUGUGGCGAAGACAACACAUCUCUUCGUCGUGUGCUGCACUCCCGUCAGCUCGGCCUCAAGCUCAUCGCCAACGUCACCUAUGGCUACACCAGCGCCAACUUCUCAGGCCGCAUGCCCUGCUCUGAGAUUGGAGACAGUGUUGUGAGCAAGGGUCGGGAAAUCCUGGAACGUUCCAUACAGCUGGUCAACUCACACCCCACUUGGGCUGGCAAGGUGGUGUAUGGUGACACAGACUCCCUCUUCGUCCACCUGCCAGGGAGGAGCCGCAGUCAGGCCUUUGCCAUAGGGCAGGAUAUAGCGGCCACCAUUACCAAAAUGUACCCCAAACCCAUCAAGCUGAAGUUUGAGAAGGUCUAUCUCCCAUGCCUCCUCCAGACCAAGAAGCGAUAUGUGGGGUACAUGUACGAGAGCCCAGACCAGGAGGAACCCGAAUUUGAUGCCAAGGGAAUUGAGACCGUGAGGCGUGAUGGGUGCCCAGCUGUCGCCAAGAUCCUGGAGAAGUCGCUGCGCCUUCUGUUUGAGUGCAAGGACGUGUCGAGUGUGAAGCAGUAUGUGCAGCGACAACUCCUGAAGGUGAUGCAGGGUCGAGUCUCCCUCCAAGACCUCACGUUUGCCAAGGAGUACCGGGGGGCUCGAGGGUACCGGCCGGGCGCUUGUGUUCCUUCCCUCCACCUUGCCAGGCAGUGGACUCGCACCGACCCCAGGAAGGAACCCAGGACAGGGGAGCGAGUGCCUUAUGUUAUCGUCUAUGGUGCUCCAGGACUCCCCCUCAUCCAGCUGGUGCGUUGUCCCUCUUCAUUGGUGGCUGAUGCAUCGCUGAGGCUUAACGCAACCUACUACAUCACCCAUGCCAUCCUGCCGCCCCUCCACCGCUGCCUGGCACUUCUUGGUGUGGAUGUUAAAACCUGGUAUACAGAGCUGCCCAGACCCUCCACCCUCACCUCCUCUGAUGCUGUCAUACCAGGGAUCUCUGCCGGCCCCUCCAUUGCCCACUACUUCACCCCUGUAGCCUGUGUUGGGUGCGGGGCUGCCACCACCCUUGCCCCGACCGGGAAGGGAGCGGCGGUGGGUCGGGGGCUGUGUAGUGGGUGCAAGGCCAGCCCCCAGGACACUGUGCUGCAUUUGGGGGAGAGAAUUCGUACCUAUGAGAGGGCGGUUGACCACCUCCAGCAGGUGUGUGAGACCUGUGUUGGGUGUCGCCUGCAGGAGGUGGAGUGUAUCUCCCUUGACUGUCCACUCACCUACCGCCGUGUCCUGGCCUCGCGUGACCUCCAUGCCGCUGAUCAGCUACGCACUCUGCUGGAUGACUUCUGACAAGUGACUGGUCCUGAGUUGUGGCUUCCAGCCAGUCCAUUAGUUGAUCAAUCAGUCAGUCUGUGCAGACUGGCAAAUGCAACUUAAUGGACAACGAUUUGCUAAGAAUGUUGAUAACGACUAUGAUAGCAAGACUCGAAUAUGCACUUGUGGUUUAGUCACCUCAUGUGAAAAAACAUACACUAGUUAGAAAGUGUGCAAAGGGUAACAACAAAACUGAAACCAAUCUUAAGAGAACUGGAAUACACUGAAACACUACAAAAUGGAGCUGUCUACAUUGCAAGAAAGUGAAAUGGAGGUUACUUAAUCAUGGCUUUAAAACUCACAAAGGGCCUGGAGCAUGUAGACAGGAAUGACUUGCUGGUAAGGGUAAUGAAAGGACAUGGGGACAUUAACAUAAAUGGAGGAAAUCAAGAUACAGGAAGGAUGUAAUGAAAAUUGGCUUCCCCAAUAGGAUCCUUGAUACACUGGUAGUCUGGAUGUGGAGAUAAGUAGAGCUAAGAACAGAUAAACGUAAGGUUAAGUUAGAGAAAAGCAGAUGUGGAGACAACAACACAAGCUUAGCUCAAACAAUGUAUGCAACAACUACCAGGCAAAUACGUGAAAAAAAAAGAAAUUAUUAUACCUGUCUUAACCUUCUUCCUAUAUACCACACCCAACCUCAGAACUCACCCGUCACCCACCUAAAUGUUGGAUGUUGGAAAAGAGAUGAAGGAGAAAGAGGAAGAAAAGAGAAGGACAAGCCUAACUCACUGCCUCUGAAAACCACUUGUGCCGUCAUUCUUUAUUGUGAUUUAGUGUACUUGUGCAAACGUAGCUGUGCGCACACACUCCUGGUGCCCAUGUAGUCAGUGGCAGCAGCAGCCUGUCUGCCUUGACCACUGUGCAAGGAGGGAAGUGCAGUGCCGACUGGAAGGCUGUGCUGUGUUAUGCUGUAGUAAUCUGUGCUGUGCUGUGAGACUGAAGUGCUUUGAAUCAGCGUGUUUAUUGUCCACAUCCCGAAGUGUCCAAGACAGGCGCAUCCUUCGCCCUCAGGGGAUGUGAGGCAACCUGAGUGUCUAGGCUGUGACAAGGGAUGCAUGGCCUCGGCUAAGCAAGGCUGUGGUGGGAAGUCUCUUCAUUAGGGGCGUCCAGGGAUUCUGAAGGCCUUAAAUAGGGAAGCCCCACAAGGAGCGACCAAACCUACAAUGAUACGUAAUGUUAUACUGUGUUCGUAGUGCCCCCCUCAAGAAUCAAUUGCAGUGCUGUUGUGGUGUUUAUAUUGGCACCGUUGCAGAGUUUUAUUCAAAGCCUUCAUCACAGAACUGUCAUAGGACCUAUGAAUACUAUUCUAUAUAUCUAUGUAGCAUGACAUGUGCAUCAACUAUUUUGGAGUUUGUAAAUGGCAACACCACAGAGUUUCUGAGGGAACUCUAUCUUUUACAUGUUUUGUGGAUGCCAUGGUAGGUGAAAAUAAUAAUAGCAAUGUGAAUGUCUUGUGUGUUUUGAGGGAAAUGUAUUAUAGUUGUGGUGGGAUAUAUACACUAAUACUGCUAUGCCCUGAUUGUUUGUUUUACUGUGUUUUACCAUUUUCUCUCACACUCACACAGGUUAUAGGUGUUUGUUUUUAUUUGUUAUUAAGUUUGCCUUGGCACUUACCCUGGAGUUUAUGAUGCCAUUUGACUUUUUGUCAUUUAACGGUGCCACCAGUCCAGUCCAUUCAUGUCAUUUGGCACCUAUGAUCCAUAACUUUAUUCAUGUUAGCAUGUAAAAUAAGCCCUUUCCUUUUCUCCAAAAAUUGUUUAUCAUGGGUUUGGUGUCCAUUUCACUUUGGUGUCCUGGAGGACCUGGGUUCAAGUCCUGUCCACCACUACAAGCUGACAAUUUUCAGUCCUCGCCGAGUAGCCUAAGACUACCCUCAUGCUGUCCUGAAGACCACUUAUCAACCCAGACUCUAGAUAAACUCUAAAGAGGAUCAAAGAUGAGCUCUGGGGGGCAGCAUGAGUCAAGCAAUAUGGCACUGCUAAAAGACACUUGCCUGCACCAUUAUUGGCUGGGGCAAACCAUGAGGUGCCGCCAAGAAAGCCUAGCAGCACUAAAAGCCAGAUGUUUUGGGGAAAGAAAAGGCUAUGCCCACUCUCAAACUCAGGCUGCAUACGAAUGGUGGAUGCUUAGAAAUCACAUUGGUAGAUAUGUGGCUGCAGUUGGCAGGGCUUAUUUAUUAUGUUUAUGGGAACAGAGCACAGUUUUCCUAUCCCUCAGCAACAGCAUCUCAAAGGUUAACUUUUAUGGAUUAGCAGGAAUUCUUUGUGUUUUUAUUAUGUGUGUUUGUAAAUGGGAUUCAUUGCUGUUGUUUAUACUUUUUUAUUUCUAAAAUGAGUCGAUCCGUUUGUUCAUUCAUGUGGUUGGUUGGUGUUUACAUGUUACCAGUAAUGUGUGUUUGUUAUAUUACUGUUUAUUCAGAAUUAACCAGUGUUAUUUGUUUGUUUUGUCUGGUUCAGGUUUUAUUAUUACUAUUAUCAUUAUUAUUAUUAUUGUUAUUAUUAUUAUUAUUAUUAUUAUUAUUAUUAUUGUCAUAGAUAUAAUUAUUUGAUUAUUAAGCAAUAUCUGUGUCUAUCCUUCUUAGAGGGGAAGAACAAGCAAGAUUUACAAAAAAGAAUGAAAUUGUUAUUGCUAAGGUUGCCUUGUAUCAUUUCCAAGAAAAGACAUUUGAUCUCAAGAUGCAUGUGCACAUUGUUAUUGGCAUACUAUUAUUUCUAUUAUUAUUAUAAUAUUAUUAUUAUUAUUAUUAUUAUUAUUAUUAUUAUUAUUAUUAUUAUUAUUAUUAUUAUUAUUAUUUAUUUUACACUUCUUGUCAGAUAAACUGCAUUUGUAUUGCAGUUUAUCUAAAAAGUUACUUUACAUGUAAUGUUUAUUUCUGUGUGUGUGUGUGUGUGUGUGUGUGUGUGUGUGUGUGUGUGUGCUUUUCAAGAGUACAAAUAUAUUAUACUUAUUGAUGGCGUUAAAUUAAUAUACUGAUGCUUUUUUUAUAUGUUUGAUUCACGCACACACUCACAUGUGCACACACACACACACACACACACACAUAACACACACACACACACCACACACACAUACCACACACACAUACCACACACACACACACACACAGAUCUCCAUAGUGCAGGGGUUAGCUCGCUUGCCUCACAACUGAGAAGUCCCAGAUUCAAUUCCUGGGCAGAGUGGACAGGCAGUCUCCUUUAAUCCGUGACACCUGUCCACCCAGCAGUAAAUGGGUACCGGGUGUCAAUCAUGGGUUGUGUCCUGCCUCCCAGGUGUGUGUGGGUGUGAGGUUUCAGCCAUACCCCAAAAUCCAUCACGUGUGAGCUCUCUCAUUCAAGGAGGGUACUGGCUGGCAAACGCAUCUGUCAUUUGGUCAGACUAUGGUGAAUUACACACACACACACACACACACUUAAGGAGGAAAACAAGGUGCCUGAAGGAUACCAAGAAAAAAUAGUAUUACACACAGAUGCACUGACCUGAGGAAUGGUCUAGAUGGGAAGAGCAUCCAGGCUUGACUUUCAUGAAUCUAAAGCAAAGUUUUACUGAUUGAAACACAGAGACGGAACUCCAUCGGCAUAGCUCACUUCCUGUACGUCAGAAUAUACACACACAUUCAGGAGAGUUACAAAACAAUUACAUAACUAUCAUGCAAGAUGUAAUCCUUGGUUGUGUGUGUGUGUGUGUGUGUGUGUGUGUGUGUAUAUUUACCUAGUUGUGACACACGGGAAAAGAGCUACGCUCGCGCUGUCCCAUCUCCAUAACCGCUCUUAUCCAACUUUUCCUUAAAAUCAUGAAUGUUUCUUGCACAAACCACCUCCUCCUCCAGUCCAUUCCACAACUCAAUGCUUCUGUUUGGGAAGCUAAACUUUUUCACAUCUCGCCUACACGUUGUCGCCCUCAACUUCUUUCCAUGUCCUCUUGUUUCUCUCUCGCUCCACACACACAGGUCCUCUCAGUCCAGAUUCUCCACCCCGCUCACCACCCUGUACACCGCUAUCAGGUCUCCUCUUUCUCCUCUUCUCUCCAGGUGUUAGUGUGUGUGUGUGUGUGUGUGUGUGUGUGUGUGUGUGUGUGUGUGUGUGUGUGUGUGUGUCAUUUGAGACCUGUAGCCCUUCCCUGCCCUGCCCUAACCUGACCUCCCCUAAACCAAAUCCACAUCACUGCCUACCCAAAUAAAAAAAAAAAAUUAUAAUGAUGGUAAUAUAGAUACAUAAUUUCUACUCUGAAACUAAAUUUAUCUUGGUUUUUGGUGUCUCAUCAAAUGGAGUGGCGCUUUUUUUUUUUUUUUUUUUUUUUUUUUUUUUGUCUCCUUUACUGUAAAGAGAAAAAAAUCCAAUUCCCAGUAUUAAAAAAAAAAAAAACAUUGCCAAGCGGUGAGGUAAUGUAGGUCAUGUAACAGCCAGCCAAGCUUUGAACAUUAUCAGAGUCAACAUUGUCCCAGAGAUUACAAAUGACUUGCUUCAUGCCUUUCUUACCUCAGUCCUGUAUGAUGUGUGUUAAUUAUGGGCACCCCUUAGCUCCUUCCCCUCCCAUUAAAAACUUAUCCAGGAAGAGGGUUGAGUUUAAUUAGUUUUUUUUUUUUUUUUAUUUUUUUUUUUUCAGUACAUAUACAGUUUACCAAGGAUGACACAUGAAUAGAAACACUUAUUUAGAUAAUUUGUAAAUUAACUUGACAUGACAGCCUUGAAAAUGCCUUAUCUUAUUUUCAUUGAUUGUAUAUCAAUUUUAUAUCUAUUUAUUUUUUGUGGUGGUACAUUUAGGCUCUGAAGGGCAGGUAAGGGAAGGGUAGGCCACGGGUAAUAGGACACCUGCAGCAUAACAUUAAGGUAUGCAAAUGUACAUAUUAAGAGAAAUAUAUAAAAACAUAUAUAUACCUGAGAUAAAGUGUACAGAAGAGUAUUUAUGGAAAAUAUAAUAUGGUGUAACUUUUUUACUCUGGAAUAUAAAAAUGAAAGACAUCUGCUCAAC